AACUUCCGGUUUCUUCCCUUCCAUGCUAGAACGCUAGCUUGUAGAGGCUGUGUGACGAAGGACUAAAACAACGAUGGGGUGUUUUGGGUCGAACUGAACAUUUAACACAAUGACAUAAAAUGGAUAGUGUAACGACGGAUUCCUGUGCGGCUGAGGAGGAUGAAUGUCCAGACUCAGAGGUUUUAUGUCUUAUGAGAGUUGGAAGAAAUUCAGACUGGCUUCGCUUGUUCGAAAACACUGAGAUAACUGUUGGACGUGGUGUGAAUGUAACCUACCAGCUGAUUUCUCAGAAGUGUCCUCUCAUGAUCUCCAGACUGCACUGUAUUUUCAAGCAAAGGGAAGACGACCAGUGGACAGUGACAGACACAAGGAGUCUCAAUGGUGUGUGGGUUAAUGGAAAUCGCAUACCCCCCAAUGAAGCCCAUCUUCUGAGGCUUGGAGACUCAAUACAACUUGGAGUUCCUCUAACGGGAUCUGGAGUAGAAUUUGACUAUAUCCUUGUCCAGCGGUCGCUACAAGACAUUAAACGCUACCUGACAAAGGGGAUUGGAGAGGUUGCAAAAGGACCCCACACACCCAGAAAGUGUAAGAGGAAGCUGGCUGUGGAAGAAGUCGAGCCUUCCACCUCAAAGCCCAAACUUUACCGCUGGUCCUCUGCAGACAAGUCCUUUGCAAAGCCCAGCUCUGUUUCCCCAGUAAAAUGCCAGCAGAUGCUCAGUCACACACAAGAGACCACAUCCAUUAAAGAUGUCCAGGAAGCAGAGUCCAGCUCGCCCAGUGACCUGGGCAACCUGCAGAGACACAACCAGAACAUUCAGACUUUAAGUGACCAGGUUGAGUACAUCCAGAAGCAAAUUGCAUCUCCGGAGGUUGAACUCAAACAGGCUGACUUGCUUCGAGGGAAGCAGAUCCAGAAGCUGCAGGGUCAGCUGGACAUGCGCCAAAGCAGUGUGCACGAGGCGGAGACAUUAAAGAAGCUUUUCAGUGAAUCAAAGAGGCAAACAGAGGAGCAGAAAACAGAGCAAAAGGAAGCACUUAUGAAAAAACAGCUACAAGAGAACCAAGAGAUAGAAGAACCUGCUCUCUCUCGACAAGCCUUUGAGGAGAUUCUCUCUGCCAAAAACAAAGAACUGGAGGUGACAAAGGAAGAGAAGGAAAAGGCAAGGGCCCAAAAAGAGGAGGUAGUUACACAAGUGACUGAAGUCCUGGAGAAUGAACUUCAGUGCAUCAUCUGCUCAGAGCUGUUCAUCGAGGCAGUUAUCCUCAACUGCGCUCACAGCUUCUGCCAAUACUGCAUCAAGCAGUGGCGCAAAAAGAAGGAUGAAUGUCCCAUCUGCAGACAAGCCAUUCAGUCCCAAACCCGCUGUCUGGCUCUGGACAACUGCAUCGACGGCAUGGUGGAAAACCUGAGCCUGGACAUGAAGGCCAGGCGGCAGGCCCUCAUCGCUGAAAGGAAAGAUGAGCAAGCUUGUGGCCGUAAUAUCGUCCAAUCAGCAGCUCACACUACAGAUGUCAUGGUGAUCCACGAUGAUGAUAGUAGCAGGAGCAGCGACAGUGAUGGCAGCAUGGUGUCCAUAUAUAGCAGCCUCAGCUCUGUGGUCUCUGUGGACACUGACAGCAGCAUCCAUUUGGACUCUGAUGACAGUUUUGAUGACUUUGAAAAUUAGCCCUGUUUUCACUUGAUGGCUGGAACAUGAAAUGGACUCUCCAGUGAUGAGUUUCCACUUUCACAGAAAUGUUCCUGGGAUGAGAUGAAGUACAUAAAUUAAGGUCUUAUUAUCCACUUACAUGAUUUUGCUGAGGUUUAAGUUUUUUAUGUAAGAUUAUUAGUUCUGUUAUUGUUAUGGUUUUCAGCAAAAGAAAUAAAGUUUCUUGAUGCAAUUUCACCGUCA